UUUUCCAAUCGCUGAUCUCAACUGAAGUUUCCUCUGUCAGCUUCACGAAGAGUCUGAAGAAACUCCUCGAAAAUGACAAAAGUAUCGUCUCGGCUGACCAUCGUUGAAGUCUGCUGCGGGAAAAGCCAAAGGGAACUUAACGCCAUUUAAGUCCCAACAAUGCGGCUCAAACAACGACUGCAGUGAUUUGUGGUCGCGGUGGUUGUGUGUGCUGCUCUUGCUAGCUAGGGCUUGGUCCCGUUACAGUUGUGAGUCGGCGGCUCACCAAGAUGUCUACGGAGGAGCAGGAAUUCCCCGAAGCGGUACUGGUGACUGAGUCCGGGCCACACUGGCUCCGAGUGGAGGUCGAGCGUCUCACCCGGGAGCUCCGUGAGACGACCCAUGAGAAGAUCCAGGCGGCGGAGUACGGGCUGGCGGUGCUGGAGGAGAAACAGCAGCUCAAGCAGCGAUUUGAUGAGUUGGAGACAGAAUACGAGACGGUUCGACAUGAGCUGGAUCAGCUGAAGGAGGCCUUUGGACAAGCAUAUUCAGCUCACAGGAAGGUGGCAGCAGAUGGGGAAAGCAGGGAAGAGUCACUGAUGCUGGAGUCUGCCAGUAAGGAGGCUCUCUACCAGCAGAAGCUCCUAGAGCUGCAGAAUGACCUCCGACAGACCAAAGCCUCCCUCACAAGCGUACAAGCUGAAAAUGAUCGCCUGUCUUCCAUUGCCCUGGAGAUAAGAGAGAAUUCAGAGCUGGCAGAGCUGCAGCGUGGUCAGCUGCGUGAUGACCUGAGAGAGUACAAGGUACGAGAAGCUCGUCUGCUGCAGGACUACAGCGAGCUGGAGGAGGAGAACAUCUCUCUUCAGAAACAAGUGUCCGUGCUGAGACAGACCCAGGUGGAAUUUGAAGGUCUCAAGCAUGAAAUCCGCCGUCUGGAGGAGGACUCGCAGUGCCUACACAGCCAGCAGGAGGAAGCCAUGCGUCUGAGAGAGAUCACUGAGCGACAGCUGACGGAGGCCUUGGAAACGAUUAAAUCGGAGCGUGAGCAGAAGGCCACUCUUCGCAAGGAGCUCUCCCACUAUAUGACCAUCGGCGGCUCUGUGUACAGCAGCUCUUUCAGUGUCUCCCUCGACAACCUAAAACUCCACGAGGAUUCCUCCACCAUUACAGAGCCAGACAACGAUGAUCUCAUCAGAGGCUUUGAAAACGGCUUGGCCAAGAUGGGUGAAGGUGAUGGAGACAACAGAGCUGCUGGGAACAAGAGAGGAGAUGCUUUCAAGCCGGCUCCCAGUCUGGUGGAUGACCUGCUGAGUGAGCUCAACAUCUCUGAGAUCCAGAAGCUUAAACAACAGCUUGUGCAGGUGGAGCGGGAGAAAGCCGCCCUGAUCAAUUCUCUCCAGGAGAACCAGAGGCACCUGGAACAGGCCUAUGGGACUGUGGCUGAGCAAAAGGAAACGGUCAACAGGCUGACGGAGAACCUCACUGCAAUGAGGAAACUUCAGGCCAGUAAGGAGCGCCACUCUGCCCUCGACAGUGAAAAAGACAGGGACAGCCAUGAUGACGGAGAUUACUACGAGCUAGACAUCAAUGGACCCGAGAUUCUUCAGUGUAAAUACACUGUGGCGGUGUCUGAAGCUGGGGAGUUGAGGCAGGAGCUGAAGACUCUGAGGUCACAGUACGAGGAGUGUCGAACCCAGUAUGAAGGUGAGCGGGCGCGGCUGGAUAGUGACAUCCAGGAGUUGAGGUCAAAGUUGGCGUCCCUGGAGAAGAUUAGCCAAGUAGACAAAGCAGAGGUGGCUCGUCUGGAGAAGGAGCUCCGUCUGGUCAGUGAGGCAGCAGGAGAAUCACUUGGCAGCCUUAAUGUGGCACAGGAUGAGCUCAUAGCCUUCAGUGAAGAGCUGGCCAAUCUCUACAACCAUGUGUGUAUGUGCAACAAUGAAACCCCCAACCGUGUCAUGCUCGACUACUACAAAGAAGGAAAGGCCAUAGUAAGGAAGGGGCAUGAAGGGAAGGAGCACCAGUCUUCCAUACUUCUCACUAAUGGGCUGAUCACGGAGACUGAACCUGGAAAUUCCAGCAGCACCAUGGUCGUGUCAGUCCCAGAACACCGGCCAGAACCCAUGAACGUCUACAACCUCGUAGCCAUCAUCAGGGACCAGAUCCGCCACCUGCAGCAGGCAGUGGACCGCACCACAGAACUGUCACGUCAGAGACUUGCUAAUCUGGAGUUGAGCACAGUGUUGGACAAGGACAAAGAGGCUUGCAUAGGCGAGAUCCUCAAACUGAAGUCUCUACUAAGCACCAAAAGGGAACAGAUCGCCACUCUCAGAGCUGUGCUGAAGGCCAACAAACAGACGGCUGAGGUUGCUCUGACCAACCUGAAGAGUAAGUAUAACAGCGAGAAGGGCAUGGUGACCGAGACAAUAACGAAGCUCCGCAAUGAACUUAAGGCUCUGAAAGAGGACGCUGCAACGUUCUCUUCUCUUCGAGCCAUGUUUGCGACAAGGUGUGAUGAGUAUGUGACCCAGCUGGAUGACAUGCAGAGGCAGCUGCUCGCUGCCGAGGAUGAGAAGAAGACCCUGAAUUCUCUGUUGCGUAUGGCCAUCCAGCAGAAACUGGCCUUGACCCAGCGCCUGGAGGACUUGGAGUUUGAUCAUGAGCAGGAGCGCCGCAACAAUGCCACGGGCAAAACAAAGGCCAAGGGAGCCUCUUCCAGCCAUCAUUAAAUCUAUCAUGCCAAGUGUCCUUAAGGAGGUUCGUCAGUGUCUGACAGUUGCCAGUCAUCUGGUUCCUUCACUCUCUAAUCAUGGUCAAAAUCAUGUUGUCGCCAACACAAGAACAUAUACAACAGUAUUUUCCAGGGGCCUUGUUUUAGAGUGCCAAAACAAGUAUGUAAAAUAAUGUUGAACAUGCAGAAAGAAUGACUCAUCGCAUCAGUUGCCAACUGCAGUCCUCCAUCAAUCCACCGACUCAAUGCGCCACUAUUAUUUUGCACCACCGGAAGAAUCCAGAUGAGUGUUUUGCCAAUUACCCGUUGCCUAUGUAAUCCUGACUGUGCACUUUUUGUUUCUCACUUGCUCUUAGGUGAUUCCUCUUUCUUUUUAAAAAUCAUACUAAUUGUUUCAAGUAUUGUAUGAUAUUUUUUACCGGAUGUGCAUGUUAAUCUACCAGAUUAUUGGUGAUAUUUUCAAGUGAGUCAACAUAUAUUUUUAUCCCUAUUUAUUUUAUACCAAUAAAUCCAGAGAGUAUGUAAUUAUUCUUUUAAAACCAGAGCUUUCACUCACUGGUUGAAUUCCUACACUAGUCUACCUUUUUAGUAUUUUUCCUUUUGGCCUUAAACAUAUGGGUGCCUUUCUAUCAACCCAUAGAGACACUUUCAAAGUUAUCAUCGUUCUUGAUAACCAAUUCUCCUGGUUCGCUUAUUUAAAAAAAUAAUUCAAUAUAUUAUUUUCACUAUAUGACCGUGCAAUUAUGGAGCUUCAGUUUCAAGGUCUUACUACAUGUUGUAUAAUUGGGCUUCUCUUUUGUAGACAUGGCAGAACUGUUACAAAUUCAAGUAUUCUUGUUAUGACUUAGGAAAGGUAUUGAUGCAAAGCUUAUUUAAAUAUUUUUAAGUUAAGGUCAGAUGUUAAUAGUAUUCAUAAACUUUAUUCAUGAAGGAGUUUUUAAAUGUAAUUGUUUUAAUACAACUUUUUGUAAACCUUUUGACUCCUAACAUCUGCAAACAACAAUUCUGCAGUACCAUUUUGUGUUACAAGUGCAAUUUGCAAACAUGGCAAGAAAGAGACAACUAAAUGUUUAUGCUAUUUAAAAAAUAUUGUACACAUUGUUGCUCACAUGCUUGGUCCUAAUUGAUUUGUUUUGUAUGUCUUUAUUAUAACUGCAAUUGUAUUUAUUUGACACUGUUCAGACUACAGGAUGUCAUCAUCCUCUUCAUUUCAUAAGGGAGUUUGAGCGAAGGUGGCUGGCCAUAAUAUUGACAAGACUGAACUUGGGGUUAAACACAAGCAUAUUCAUGACUUUGGGCUGCUGUCUCUACUAACAGUUAUGGCUGGUAAAGAAAUAAAUCUAACUUUCACAAUA